AUGGAGUUGGGAGACUCGGCUCAAUCGGAUGCUGAGUGCAUUGGGGGCGGCUCCUCUGCCGGGGCAUCCGCCUUCAGUCUCGAGAGAAUGAAGAUUUUGCAGAUUAAUCUCCAACAUUCCAAGGCGGCAUCCGCCAAUCUUUUGCUCCACCUUGAGCAAGGUGGGGCUGACGUGGUUCUGAUACAGGAGCCAUGGUUGAGCAGUAAUGGUAUCUCUGGAAUCAGAACAAGGAACUACAAGCUGAUAGCGGCGAACAACGUAGGUAGAACUAGGGCCUGUUUGCUUAUCAGAGGUGAACUAAAAGCUUUUAUUUUGCAUAAUUUCAGCAAUGAGGAUGUGGUUACAAUUAGGCUGGAACGAGAGGCUGGAGAACUCUGGCUCAUAUCCGCCUACAUGCCGCACGAUGACGAGGUGGAGCCACCUCCAACGCUGUUGAGGAGCGCUCUAGCGGAAGCCAAGCGACGGAAAGCUGGCGUGAUCUUGGGGUCUGAUGCGAACUCGAGGCACUCAGUUUGGGGCAGCUCGGAUACAAACUUGCGAGGUGAGUCACUUUUUGAGUUUAUUCUAAGUGAAAACUUACAUAUCUACAAGUGUCCUGAAAAUCUUGGAGCGUAUAGCGAAGAACAAGGCGAACGUUUUCAUCAAGAUUUAAAAGUGAUGGAAGAUAGAUACCAAGGUCGUUGGGAUGAGCAUAUGAUGGCAGAUUAUUGUUGGAGUAUUACACGGGAAUGUCCUGAAGACAUCCAUCGGAGAAAAUCUAAAAAGAGAAGCUUCUAA